ACGUGGUGGUGGGCGCGCCUGGGGGAGCCGGACGCGUGUACGUGUACAACGGAGGAGCGGAAGGUCUGCAUCCCGAACACACACAGAUCCUCCGCGCGUCCGAUUUCUCACCAGGACUGCGCAGCUUUGGCUUCAGCCUCGACGGGAGUGUGGACAUGGACAAUAACGGCUACCCGGACCUCAUCAUCGGCGCCCCGCAAUCGAACACAGCCAUCUUUGUGAGAUCGGCCCCCGUGGUGUCGUUGGUGGGUCAGGUGGUAUUCGACCCCCCGGUCAUCGACCUAGAGAACAGGAGCUGCACCAUUCACCCACCAAAAGAGUCGCCCCAAGAAGUGGCUUGUUUUGAGUUGGUGGUCGAGCUACAGUACGAGUCCAACCUCAUACACACGCCCCUCUUGAUGGAAUUUGAUUUGAUUUUAGACGAGGAGCAAGGAAGAUUAGGCUUCAUGAACAAAUCUCAUCUCAGGUCGAAUGUCCACGUGUUCUCCAGCUCUCACCAUGUCCACAGCACCAAGGACACCGCCCAUCCCUUCAGGGUCCCUGUCUUCAUCAAGCGGGGCAGAUACCAGUACCACAUCCCUGGCACGGCCUCCGUCAGGGUAGGCCUCCUGCCCAUCGAAGGCACCACCUACAUCCUGCAGGACGGAGCAGAGGGCAUGGGCAGGGGGUCAUCUCAGGCCACCACGCUUCCUCCGGACGUGCCCAGCGUACUCGACUUCUUCUCGCAGACGUCCUUCCACGCCGACGUCAGGAUGGACUGCGUGGAUGUCACCACCUGUUAUUCCACGCCAGACAUCAUCCUCCACGCCCAGGCUCCGCGGCACCUGCUGGUGGGCGAGGAGCAGCUGCAGCUGCAGGUCCAGCUGGAGGUGAGGAACGACACGGCCUACGAGACGAAGCUGAUGGUGUCGUACCCCCCUAGCGUGCAGUACGUGAGGAUCUCAGGGGAGAAGCACGUGCCUUCGUGCCGGCUGCCUGUCAGAGACGGAAAGGUUGUCAUUACUCUCGUCUGUCUCUUCAGCUCGGACCUAUUUAGCGGGGAUAAGAUCCCACUGACCUUCCAGUUCAGCCAGUCACCACUGAGCCUGCUGACACAAGGUCAUGACUCAGGUCUGACCUUUCACCUCAACGUCACCAGCAGCAGUAAGGACCUUAACGAGGCUGACAACGCCCUUGACCUUACAGUACUUAAAGUCAGCCUGGUCAACCUUCUUGUUGAUGGCUCCUCGGACCCCGACACGGUGGAGGGGCGGGUGAAUGAGACUCUGAGCCUGGACAUGCUGUCUGACCCAGACGCCCUGGCCGCCGCCUCCGCAGAGAUGCUGGGUCCUCACACCAAGCACAGCUUCGCCAUCUCCAAUGUGGGCCCCACACCUCUUCUUGGUGCUAAGAUGACGCUGCAGGUGCCAACUCACAUGCCCAACGGCCUGCCCCUGCUGUACCUGGUGGAGGCACUCCGCACCUCCGGCCCUGUCGUCUGCCAUACUCCUCCGCUCAACACCUUGAACCUCACCUCCCACAAGGAGCGAGAAAGAGAGAACUUUGAAGAGAUUGAGGAUAAGGAAGAGGAGAAGAGUUUGGCUCCAAACACUGCAAGAACAGAAAAUCUUAAGGCAGACAACCCCGAGGCAGCAGACUCUGCGAGGAAUCCUGCAGCAGGAGAGGCGUCCAGGGCCCCAGCAGGAGAGGGGCAGACAACGGCCAGGACGGAAGAGACCCGCCCUUCACGACGCCGGCGCUUGGCGGGAAACUCACGCCUCGCCUCACCUGACGGGUCUUAUGACCAAGAUUCCGCUGCCCUCACCGCCUUCCCUCAUCCAUCUGACGACAAUAAAAGGACGAGAACUCUGACAAGCCUCGACUGUAGAGAAAUUAAAUGCCAGGAGAUCACAUGUGAGGUGUCCAAUUUGCUUGCUGGCAACACUGUAAAGGUGGAUGUUAGCGGCUUCAUCACUGUUGCCACUAUAAAGCGACUCAAGACAAGGUCGAUCACUCUGGAGUCGUCUAUGACCUUCGAGACGACCCAGCCCUGUGUCUCGGUGAACGACCAGCCUCUCUCCAGCUGGUCCCACGACCAUCAUGCCACCACCUGUGGCGGCACAGCUGGCGAUCUGCACCCCGAGGUCUCCACGGACGACGUCGACGACCAGGGCACCACAGACGUCGACGACCAGGGUACCACGGACGUCGACGACCAGCUCACCACGGACGUCGACGACCAGGGCACCACGGACGUCGACGACCAGGUCACCAAGGACGUCGACGACCAGGUCACCACGGACGACAGCACAACACUCAACGAGACGACCACGGAACAAGAGACAGAAUCCCUCCUGACGAGGAACCCCGAGGACCACAACACCCCGACACAGCACGACGUCAACCUCACGGAAAACGACAACAAGAACGACUCUCGAGACGUCGAAAAGGCUCUCGAAAACGGCACAACUAACGCACAGGACGACACAAACUCCUCCGCCAACGACAAGAGCAAAGUUGUAAACACUACGAAAUCUGACGCCAUCGUCCCAGAAGACGGGGGAAACGACCCCCCAAAAGACGGGGGGGACGACAGAGUACCCUAUAAGGGCUUCGUUAUCAAGGCAACGACCCACGUCGCUCUCAUAGAAUGGGCAGAAGGCAGAUCUGGCCUGGAGUCGCUCAAGGAUUUGGGAUUCUGGACCCUGUUCCUUACGGUCAUAGGAGCUGUUAUGUUAAUUAUUAUAAUAUCCUCGAUACUGUAUAAGGUCGGGUUCUUCAAGAGGAAGCAGAGACUGACAAGCGAGCAGCGAGAGGCACUCAAGAAGAGUCAAGAGAGGAACAACAGAGUCAAGAUGUAUCAGGAUUCCUCGGUUGUGGACACUGGUGGUGGUGUGGUUAUGGUGGGCUAGUGCUGGUUGUCUGAUAGUUGUGGUGGUUGUGGUUGUUGUGGUGGUUGUGUGGUAGUUGUGGUGGUUGUGCUGUAAGUGUGCUGGUAGUGUGGUAGUUGUGUGGUUUCCUGAGCCUAUUGGGCUCUGUCAUAUCUACCUGUUAAUUGUAUAUAGACAAUAGAGUCUCUCUGCAUCACAUACCUUAUUGUCAUAUGUUAUUUUUUAUGACACUUGAAAAGUAUUUUCAGUGUCUAUGGCUCAUUGUUGUACUUUUCAUCUGUGUCCCCAUAUUUUGGAACUACUCAUGCCAAAUAUUGUCUUUGUUUCCUUGUUUGCUCUGUAUAUUCCCCCCUUUUCCCCCCCCCCCCCCCCCCCCCCCGAGGAUUUGUUAUGUGGUGAACAUGUCUCCCUUGAUUCUUCUCUCUUCCAAUAAUGUAAGGUUAAAUUUCUUUAGGUUUUCCUCGUAACUGAUACCUCUUAUAUCCGGUACUAGUCUGCUGACAUACCUCUGGGCUUUUUCGGGUUCCCGUUGUGUUUAUCAAGAUAAGGACUCCAUUCGGACUCCGCAUAGUCCAGAAUAUAUCCGACAUAUGUGAUAAUACAGGAGCCUAAAAAGAGUCCUUGCUCAAAUAUCUUCAGGUAGUCCAUAUGUUAGCCAAUCUUGCACAUGCAGCUGAUGAUAUCCGCUUGAUGUUGGCUUCGGGAGACAGGUGCUGUGUGUGAAGUUAACACAAUUCAUUUUCUUUAACGAUAUUCCAGGAAACGUUUCUCUUUCGACCUGUUCUUCAUAUUAAGUAUCUUGUUCCCAGCACACUGUUCCAUUACAUUUAACUUGCUUGAAUUAAAUUCUGAUAGCAAGUAUCAGCUAGCAAUUUGUUUAUACUUUUCCCAGUUUGUGUAGGUCGUCCUGUACUUUUUUUGCAGUCGUACACUAUAUUAUAACAACAUAAAAUUUGUUGUAUCAUGUGAGAAAAAAAAUGAGAAGCAGUCUAUUUCCUCUGAAAAAAUUAUUUCGAUAGAUCGUAAACAAAUAGGCUUUAAUAUUGACCCUGUGGAACCUCGCUGGUAACAUCUCGCCAUUAUCAAGCCUCUCCUUUUUCCAUGAUUUUUAAAAAGUUAUUUUGCUUAGGUACUCCUCUAUCUCUUGAAGCAUCUUCCCUGUUGAUUCUUGUCAACAGGGGUCUGUUGAACAGACAACAGACGCUUGUCUGUUUCUUUAACUUUUCAACCAGUCUCAAGUAGGAUACUAUGUCGAAGUCUUCCUGGCAGUCCAAAACUAUGCAUUCUACCAACCCAUCUGUGUCCUCACUGAUCACUGUCGUUCGAACAUAGAAUUCUAUGGAGAUUCUUUUGGGCAGAAUUUGACGUUCCUGAAUUCAUAUCGUUGUUGUCAUUGAGGCUCUUCUAUGCAGAUGUUCUGCUGCCAACUUUAUCAUUGUGUAUCUCCCCCAUGUUGCUUGAUAAGCAAGUAACGGGCACUGUCUGAUAAUGCCUUUGUAUAGAGGACUAUCGUCACUGCCCUGGUUAUAUUCCACUGUAGUGGUUGUGUGGCGAUGGUGAUGAUGGUGACUGGUGGGGAAGUAGGUGGUAGUAGUUGUUAUAUUAUACAGUGCUGUGCUACUGGUUGGUGGUGUAUUAAUGGUGGACUAGUAAUGAUGGUUGUGGUGGAAGGAGUAGUGGUGGCACCCUUUAAAAUUGUAUAUUAAAUAAAGAAAACUGACUUCGCAA